AUGUCUAAGAUUCGACAUGGCUCGAUGGACCUGGAUGAUGGUUUCCAUCCAAGUUUGCAUCCAGAGGAUCUAGAAAAGUCAUUCUUGAUUGGCAAGGACACAGUCAAUGGACAUGAUGUCGGACAGAGUGAAAGAGAGCCACAACGAACACGGCUCAAGGGGAACUUCGUGAUGAUAUGGCUAUCCAUAGUGAAUGUGUUAUUGUUCACGGCCUCCCUGUAUUUCUUUAUCUCGCCAUUAUCUAGUCAGGCCUGUCUCCAACACCUCACUGAUCAGCAGAAAUGGAAAUCAACAUCCAACUACGCACCUCUCUUUGACCGUGUACAGAUCCCCCGUGUUUCUCUAACCCCAAACGCAUCACUAUACGACACUGACCCACCAUCCAUCCUACGUAUACCCAAAGGCCACGAAGCCGACGACGAAUGGUUCCGCAUCGGGUCCGGUGUGAUGCCGAUAAUCAUCUCCUCGGACGAAGUCCGCAAACUGGGAAAAGAUCCCUCCCUUGCAGUCAAGAUCCCCGAAGAGCACGGAUACGGCGACGACGCGUACAUAGCGCAGACAGAAGUGUUCCAUCUCCUGCACUGCAUCGACAUGUUGCGGAAGGAGAUCUCCUACGAGCAUUACUAUUUCCCGCAGUUUGGGAAUAACCCCGAUGAGCAGCAUGUUGCCCAUAUUGGUCACUGUAUUGAUAUUUUGGCUCAGGCGAUUAAAUGUUCCAGUAGCGUGGAUGUUAUUUUGUUUAACUGGGUUGAGGGAUGGGAUCAACCGUUUCCUGAUUUUGGGAAUCAGCAUGUCUGUCGGGAUUUUGAGGCGCUUCUGGAUUAUGUUAAUGAGAAUUCUGUGCCUCGUUCGGUGUGGAAGACUAUGAAAGAACCGCCUGUGGGAUAUGUGCGUCUGCCGGAGCCAGCACCGGUGCAAGCAGCCGAAUCAGAGGGUGUAUGA